AUGACUCCUGUUGUUAAGCACCUUCCACGUUACAUCAUGACACCUGUUGUUAAGUACCUUCCAAGAUACAUCAUGACACCUGUUGUUAAGUACCUUCCAAGAUACAUCACGACACCUGUUUUUAAGUACCUUCCAAGAUACAUUAUGACACCUGUUUUUAAGUAUCUUCCAAGAUACAUUAUGAUACCUGUUGUUAAGUACCUUCCAAGAUACAUCACGACACCUGUUGUUAAGUACCUUCUACGUUACAUCACGACACCUGUUGUUAAGUACCUUCUACGUUACAUCACGACACCUGUUGUUAAGUACCUUCUACGUUACAUCAUGACACCUGUUUUUAAGUACCUUCUACAUUACAUCAUGACACCUGUUGUUAAGUACCUUCCAAGAUACAUCAUGACACCUGUUGUUAAGUACUUUCCAAGAUACAUCAGGACACCUGUUUUUAAGUACCUCCCAAGAUACAUCAGGACACCUGUUUUUAAGUACCUUCUAUGUUACAUCAUGACACCUGUUGUUAAGUACCUCCUAAGAUACAUCAUAACACCUGUUAUUAAGUACCUUCUACGUUACAUCAUGACACCUGUUAUUAAGUACCUUCCAAUAUACAUCAUGACACCUGUUGUUAAGUACCUCCCAAGAUACAUCAUAACACCUGUUUUUAAGUACCUUUCAAUAUACAUCAUGACUCCUGUUGUUAAGCACCUUCCAAGAUACAUCAUGAUACCUGUUGUUAAGUACCUUCUACGUUACAUCAUGACACCUGUUAUUAAGUACCUUCCAAUAUACAUCAUGACACCUGUUGUUAAGUACCUCCCAAGAUACAUCAUAACACCUGUUUUUAAGUACCUUCUACGUUACAUCAUGACACCUGUUAUUAAGUACCUUCCAAUAUACAUCAUGACACCUGUUGUUAAGUACCUCCCAAGAUACAUCAGGACACCUGUUGUUAAGUACCUUCCAAGAUACAUCAUAAACACCUGUUAUUAA